AUGAUCCCACUGUGCGGAGCUCAACUCCAUAAGACAGUAGAUAUUGAGGGUCAACCACUCACGGCUGACCUGAAGUCAGGACGAGGAGAGGAUCUACUGGCUUUUAGGGUCAGUUUUGUGAGCAAGGAGAGUCUAUAUUUCAGAGUGGCCAAACCUAAUCUGAGAAAGGCUUGGGUCGAGGCUCUGGAAAUGUGUAUACAAGAGGCGGCUCAUGAGGGUCUGUGUGAUAAUGAGGACAUUCCUCUCGCUCAAGUCUACCCUGAUGCUGGCCCCAAGAUUGCAGCAGCAUCACUGGAGAAGCUGUUUCAACAGUUGACAAGUCCCCACAACUUCCAGGACGACUUUAUUGACGUGUUUCUGAUGACUCACCUCAGUUUCACGACUUCUCGCGACGUCCUUGAAGCCCUCAUCAACUGCAUGCAGUCGCCCGGAGGACUCAGCGAUAGCGGAGCUCACUUUUCUGCCAAUGCUGUCUUCACCUUCAGUAUGGAAUCAGGUGAUUCAGAGACGGACUACGUGACGUUCUUCCGAUCCUCUCGAAACAGUUCGGAGAUGGAUUUCGGAGACGAGGACAGUGGAAACGACGACAGUGCUGACACCCCACGGCCGUCCCAUACUGACCUCAUGGGCCUACGAAGCAGAGCAUGUGCUAAGAAUGGAGACAUGUCUUCAGUGAGGGCAGAAGCCGAGCACUUCAAAAUCAGGGAGAUGAGUAUCGAAGAGGAAGAAGGGAGUCAAGGCGAUGGCAGAAUCCACGUCCAAACGGCCGUAGACAGACGGAAACUCACCAUCUCAGAGAAGAUCAACCGGGACUUGGACGAGACAGCGAUCAUGUUGGAGAAGCUGACGCAGAGUCUGUUUCCGGUGGAGAUGGGAGGAGGGGUAGGAAGGGGUGAGGGGGGAGGGGUGGUGAAGAGGGUGCACAGAGAUUGGAAAAAGUCUCGCCAUUCUACCGUCUCGGCCUCCAUUUCCGAGCCUGACCUGACACUGAUUGGUAUAGAGAAGAGCCCCAGUCCACCACCCAUCAAGAGAGGGCAUGGCCAAGUUUCCAUUCCGGUACCAAACCCUUCGACCCGGAGACCUGGAACGCCGACAGACAGGCUCACCAAUUCCCUCAGCCAAUCAUCCGCCAGUCAUUCGUUUCUCUCCUUCUCCCUUCCUCCACGGUCCUGCCAUGAUGAGCCCUCUACACACCAAUAG